GAUUUCAAUUUAAUGAUUGAUUUUAACGCCCUGAGAUCUACUUUUUUCACUUUUUUUACAGAUAUAAACUUUUUGAUUUUGAAAUAAUGGAUAAUCGACAUUCAAGAAUUGCCAAAUAUUAUUCAUCAUUGGAUCAAUGGGAUCGAAGGCUAUUCGAUAAAUUAACCGAUCAAAAUUUUCGUCACUCAGUACGUUAUGUAAUCUUUAUGACUUUGAAUGCUUCAUUUAUAAUGGUCACGAAUGAUCAACGUAUAUUUGUUUAUGGAAAACAAGUAUGUUCAUGGCUUUCUUUAACAUAUGAUAGAUCAAGUGUAAAAGAAAUCACAGAAUUACAAUAUCAAGAAGUCAAACAAAUCGAUUGGGGUUGUAAAUUUUUUGUCAUAUUGACUGCAACUGGCAAAGCAUAUAUGGCUAGCGCUAAAAAAUCGAAUUGGGGCACGGAUAAAAGUUUGAAAAUGAUAUCGAGCGAUUGUUUUCAUAUGAUUGCCUGUGGCCUAAAUCACAUCUUACUAUUACGUAGUGAUGGUAAAGUAUUCACUAUGGGUGAUAAUCGAUAUGGACAAUUGGGUAGCAAUGAUUUGUUGAGAAGUUUGCACAAGAACACGAUGCUUGAUACUGGAUUGUCAAAUGUAGACAGAAUUGCUUGUGGUUCAGAUUAUUCUAUUGCUAUGAUAGAUCGUAAACUGUAUUCUUGGGGCCGUAAUCAUCAUGGACAAUUGGGUAUCAAUCAUGUUUCGAAUCGAAAUGUUCCUAAAAAAAUUAUGCUGAGAAGAACAGCCUAUAGUCAUCGAAUUAUUGAUAUCGUUGCUGGCAGCUCUUAUACUAUCUUUUUAUACGAUGAUGGAGACGUUUAUGCAUGUGGUAAUCCUGACUGUUAUAAAAACAACCAGAUUUUUCCAAAACGAAUCGAUAUCGAUAACGUUGUGGCAAUUGGCUAUGCAAAAUUUGGUGAUUUUUUCAUAUUUUUCACAGAAACCGAUCAAUGUUUUGUAGUGGGACAUAUUGAUUCAAUCAAAUUCGUUAAACCGACAAUACUCUCUGGCAUUAAAACAUUCAAUGAUGCAUAUUUAAUUUACAAAAUAUUACCAUAUUCAUUCAAUCCAAUUUUUUUGAAUAUUCCGCAACCACAACAAUCGAAAAAGUUAACAACCUCAGUAUCAAACCUAUCUAUUGAUAUUGAUCGUUUUCGAUGUUCAAUAUGUUGUGAUCGAGAAGUUCAGAUUGUUUUUUCACCCUGUCAACAUCUUACUUCAUGUGAACAAUGUUCAAAAAGGAUAGAUGAUUGUCCAAUUUGUCGAACUAAUAUUGAUCGUCGUUCACGUGUUUAUAUUCCUUAAUUUAGUAAUUUCUUUGCUCAAAAUCUUUGUCUUUUCUGUUUUGUUUUCACUU